CCCAUCCCGGAAACAGAAAACAGCAGGGCAGUGGCCGAAGAAGACAGUUUACCAUUUUCCUUGAUUAGCGAUUGGAAAAAUAACACAAUUAAAUGAAAAUAAACAGUGAUUAAAUGUCUUGUGCAUGACUUGUUCUAUUCACAUCCCAUUUGAGUCACCACAAUGACAGCCAUCAAGCAUGCCCUCCAGAGGGACAUCUUUACGCCCAACGAUGAGCGUCUCCUCAGCAUUGUCAACGUCUGCAAGGCGGGGAAGAAGAAGAAGAACUGCUUCCUGUGUGCCACAGUCACCACAGAGAGGCCUGUGCAGGUGAGGGUGGUGAAGGUGAAGAAGUCAGACAAAGGGGAUUUCUACAAGCGACAGAUGGCCUGGGAACUGAGGGAUCUGGCUGAAGUGGAUGCAAAAGAUGCCAGCAAGGAGAACCCAGAGUUUGACCUCCAUUUUGAGAAGGUGUAUCGAUGGGUGGCCAGCAGCACAGCUGAGAAGAAUUCCUUCAUCUCCUGCAUCUGGAAGCUGAAUCAGCGUUACCUGCGGAAGAAGGUGGAGUUUGUGAAUGUUAGUUCCCAGCUGCUGGAAGAGCUUCCUAAAGCGGAAGAGUCAGUCCCCAGUGGUGAGAGUCAAAGUGUUGCCGGGGGUGACGAGGAUGCUCUGGAUGACUACCAGGAGCUGAAUGCCCGUGAGGAGCAAGACAUUGAGGGCAUGAUGGAGGUGUGCGAGUACGCCAUCUCUAAUGCUGAGACCUUUGCUGAGAAACUCUCCAAAGAGCUACAGGUUCUGGAUGGGGCCAACAUCCACUCCAUCAUGGCAUCUGAGAAGCAGGUGAACAUCCUGAUGCAGCUGCUGGACGAGGCUCUGUCAGAGGUGGACACCAUCGAGGGAAAGAUGAGCAGCUAUGAGGAGAUGCUGCAGAGCGUCAAGGAGCAAAUGGACCAGAUCUCCCAGAGCAACCGCCUCAUCCAGAUCAGCAACACCAACAACGGCAAGCUCCUGGACGAGAUCCAGUUCCUGGUGAACUACAUGGACCUGUCGAAGGGACACAUCAGGGCCCUGCAGGAAGGAGACCUCUCCUCCUCCAAAGGCAUUGAGGCCUGUAUCAAUGCCUCUGAGGCUCUACUGCAGUGCAUGAAUGUGGCACUCAGACCAGGUCAUGAGAAACUGAUGUCUGUGAAGCAGCAGCAGCACCUGUUCACUGAGCUCAGAGAUACCUUUUCCCGGCGCCUCACCAACCACCUCAACAACGUGUUCGUCCACCAGGGCCAUGACCAAAGCUCCGUGCUCUCCCAGCACAUGGCAGAGCUGACCCUGCCUAAACACAGCCCCCUACACAGGGACCUGCUACAUUACGCCAAGCUCAUGGAGUGGCUCAAGAACACCCAGAGAGAGAAGUACGAAGGCCUGUCCAGGACUUAUGUUGAUUACAUGACCAGAUUAUAUGAACGAGAAAUCAAAGAUUUCUUUGAGGUGGCGAAGAUCAAAAUGGCGGGCACAGCCAAGGAGGGGAAGGGAAAUAAGUUUGCCACGCUUCCGCGGAAAGAGAGUGCUUUCAAACAGGAAACUGAAAGCCUGCAUGGCAGCUCCGGGAAGCUUACAGGCUCCACCUCCAGUCUGAAUAAGCUGGCAGUGCAGAGCUCCAGCAGCAGGCGCUCCCAGUCCUCCUCACUGCUGGACAUGGGCAACAUGUCUGCCUCAGACCUGGAUGUGGCCGACAGGACCAAGUUUGACAAGAUCUUUGAGCAGGUUCUUAGUGAGCUGGAGCCUCUCUGUCUAGCAGAACAAGACUUCAUCAGCAAGUUCUUCAAGCUACAGCAGCACCCCACCCUGGCUCAGGGAGAAGUGGAGGAAUCGGAUGGGGUGGUGCCCUCCAGACAGCCACCUCCAGGGGAGUACAGACACUUCAUAUCAUCGACUGAGAAGGACAUGGUGCGGUUGAUGAUGAACAAGGUCUUCCAGAGCAUUGAGACAGAACUUAACAGCCUCAUCACUCUGGGAGACAAGAUUGACACCUUCCACUCCCUGUACAUGUUGGUGAAGAUGAGUCAUCACGUGUGGACGGCAGAGAAUGUGGACCCUGCCUCCUACCUCAGCACCACCCUCGGCAACGUGCUGGUCACCGUCAAAAGGAACUUUGACAAGUGCAUUUCGGGACAGAUCAGACAGAUGGAGGAGGUUAAGAUCUCUAAGAAGAGCAAGGUGGGCAUCCUGCCCUUUGUCGCUGGGUUUGAGGAGUUUGCUGAGCUGGCUGAAACCAUCUUCCGUAAUGCAGAGCGCAGAGGAGAUCUGGACAAGGCAUAUGUCAAACUCAUCAGAGCUGUCUUCAUGAAUGUGGAGAAAGUGGCCAAUGAGAGUCAGAAGACGCCCCGUGACGUGGUGAUGAUGGAGAACUUCCACCACAUCUUCUCCACACUGUCCCACCUUAAGAUCUCCUGCCUGGAGACAGAGAGGCGAGAGGCCAAACACAAGUACACAGACCACCUGCAGUCCUAUGUCAUCAACUCCCUGGGACAGCCCCUAGAGAAACUCAAUCACUUCUUUGAGGGAGUGGAGGCACGUGUGGCCCAGGGCGUACGUGAGGAUGAGGUGAGCUACCAGCUGGCGUUCAACAAACAGGAGCUGCGUAAAGUGAUAAAGGAGUACCCCGGCAAGGAGGUAAAGAAGGGACUGGACAACCUGUACAAGAAGAUGGACAAGCAUCUGUGUGAGGAAGAGAGCCUGUUACAGGUGGUGUGGCAUUCCAUGCAGGAUGAGUUCAUCCGUCAGUACAAGCACUUUGAAGGCUUGAUUGGCCGUUGCUACCCAGGGUCUGGAAUUACCAUGGAGUUUACCAUUGGAGACAUGUUGGAGUACUUCUCAAGCAUUGCUCAAUCACAUUAAUUGCAAGUGUGUGUGUGUGUACGUACUGAACAAAAACAUAAAUGCAACAAUUUCAAAGACUUUACUGAGUUACAGUUCAUAUUAAGAAAUCAGUCCAUUUAAAUAAAUAAAUUAGGCCCUAAUCGAUGGAUUCCAUAUGACUGGGAAUAUAAAUAUGCAUCUGUUGGUUAGAUACCUUUAAAAAAUAAAAUAAAAAGUAGGGGCGUGGAUCAAAACCAGUCAGUAUCUGGUGUGACAACCAUGUGUCUCAUGCAGCGCGACAUACCUCCUGUGCAUAGA